CAUCCAAAAUUUCAUUCACAAGCAACUAUAAUGCCCAAUUGGCUUAAAAACUAAUUUAAUUAAUCAAAACUCACUGAAAAACUCCUUUUGAUUCACUCUGUUAUUAAAAGUUAAGUUAUUACAAGAACACCUUGUCAGAGUGAAUGACAAAUACUUAUAGAAAACCUUGAUAAGACGCUAUCUCAUUUCAUCGAUGCGUCGUUUUGGUUGCAAUCGCGGCAUUAUCAGUUUGUCUCUUCCAGUGGCAACAACGAACCGUCCACUCGAAAAAUAUAGCAGAAUAUAUUCGCCGAAAAUAAACAAUCUUAUAUCUUAUCGGCAAUGCCACUGAAAUUUCAUAGAUUGCUGCUGCCGCUGCUCCUGUUCGCUUCUCAACUGCUGGCUGAAAUUCCGCAGUGCUUUCACUUCACCUGGCUUGGUGCCUACUCGAAUCACUCGAACAUUCACACGGAAACCUGUGAGUCCAGAGUUGGUGACUUUAAUGAAAUACCCUGCGCAGAACCAUUGGUUGUGACACCCGAAGAUACAGUGCCGGAUGUAAAGGCUCUGUGGCAGAAUAAUACCGAGGAUCGCGACAACUAUCUGUGCCAAAUGUCGCCGGGUCGUUCAUGUGUGAAAUACUCGUACAUAUUCAAAGGCGGAAUACAAAACAUCACGUACAUGUGCGCCAAUGUAAACAGCACCAACGGAUGCUAUCGACAGACCCACCCAAGUGGUAUGGUUGUGGAGGCAUGUGUCUGCACCUCCCGGGUGGGCUUGAUACCCUGUAAUGGCUGCUCGAAGUCGCAGUGUGCUGUGCUGGGCUGGGCACUUUGUUUGUACGGCCUUUAUCAAUGGCUAAAUAAAUAUCGCAUAGUUUGAACUGCAAAUACACACGAUUUUGCCUUUAUGUAAUGUGACAUUUCCGCUCUUUUGAUUUUGACAAGUUUUUGCGCAAUUUAUGUG